AUGCACCUCACAGCAUCGCAACUCCGCUUCAUCAAGAAGGUGCGGACCACUCUCCGAGAGUAUGACGAUGAGUUGCAAGCCAUAAACUACAAGAUAUGGUCCAACCCGGAGGUCGGCUACAAGGAACAUAAAGCUCAUGACAACAUCUGCAGUCUCUUCGAUGGGCUCAAAUCGAACGGUUAUACUGUCAAGCGACACGUAUACGGCUUAGAGACAGCGUUUGAGAUUGACUACACGCAUGGUAACGCAGCCAAUGGCCGCGUCCUAGUCUUCAACGCAGAAAUAGAUGCGCUCCCAGGUAUCGGCCACGCCUGCGGGCACAACCUCAUCGCAACGAGUUCAAUCGCCGCUUUUAUCGCAACCUGCGAGGCGAUGAAGUCACUGGCUUCCGCAGACCUAAACUACACCAUCCGUCUCCUCGGCACGCCAGCAGAGGAGUCAGGGGGUGGGAAGAUCCGGCUGCUAGAUAAUGGAGCAUACAAGGAUGUCGACGCCUGUCUAAUGCUCCAUCCUGCGCCUAUGGCGCCCGACAGACCAGACCUCCUUAGUCUUGCAACUGCACCUGCAGGCGGGUUCCUCGCGAAUGAUAAAGUCAGGGUAACAUAUACUGGAAAGCCUGCUCACGCUGCCGCUGCACCAUGGGAGGGAGUCAACGCCCUUGAUGCCGUUGUCGCCGCAUACGUGAAUAUCUCCCUCCUCAGACAGCAGAUGCAGCCUACGCAGCGAGUCCAUGGGAUCAUUGUCAACGGCGGCGACCGCCCGAACAUCAUCCCCUGGUCAGCGAGCGUGGACUAUUACAUCCGGUCACCAACACUGGCGUCACUGAAGCCACUAACCGAGAAAGUCGUGAAAUGCUUUGAGGCCGCGGCGGUUGCGACGGGAUGCGAGGUGGGUUUCGAAUGGGGCCUUUCAUACUCAGACCUCAAAUCCAACACCCCCAUAUGUGAGAGCUACGUCUCCGUAAUGCGUGCAAUGGACCACCACGUCCUCUUCACCGCCCCGCCCGGCCAAACCGGCGGAGCCUCGACAGAUAUGGGAAACGUAUCAUAUGCCCUCCCCGGAUUCCACGGAAUUUUUACCAUUCCCGCGAAAGGCGGAAACCAUACACCGGAGUUUGCAGAGGGAGCUAGAACGUUUGAGGCGUAUAGGCGAGGCAUGGAUUGCGCGGCUGGUAUGGCUGUCGUCGCAUGUCAUUUCCUGGAGAACGAUGGGUUUGCGAAGCAGGUUAAGGAUGAUUUUUUGAGGGCUGAGGCUCUGACGAUAGGUGGUAGUUGUUAG